AUGCUGAUUCAGUGGUCGGACAGCAGCCGGGACCAAGCCAUCAUUGACUUGCUGGCAGGCCUGGAGGACGAUGGUUUCUGCAGGACACCCGCUAGGCAGAAUUCCCAGUCCCGCUCACUCCCUGGUGUCACAAACUACAACUGCAACAGUGAUGAAGAGGAAGCAGGCCCAGAACUGGACAAGGAAGAGGCAGAACUCAGUGUUAUAAUGUCACAGCGUUGGGACAGCGACCCUCCUGAGAGUGCUUCCUCUCAGAGACCCUGCAUGAAGGAGACAGAAAACUGCUUCAGUGAUGGCCAGCAGGAGUCCUCUGACGAAGACAUGGAGUGGAGUGGAAACAACUCUAUGUUCGCUAACCUGUCCAUCCCGCAGCUCGAUGGCGCCGCAGACGAGAGUAGCGAUUCCUCCUUAACAGAUAGUGGCUCAAUGGCGCAGUCUUAA